AUGCCACGCACAAAAGAAGGCUACCUCUGGACCCCAACCUCCACAACCUCGGGCCUGACAACGAACUCCGUCCAGCAAAGCACCCCAGCCUCGAAGCUAAAACCACACUACGAUGCCAUCGUCAUCGGCGCCGGAUUUGCAGGCCUGAUCGCAGCGCGGGAUCUAUCACAGAGACACAACUUGAACAUUCUACUUCUCGAAGCGCGUGACCGCAUCGGCGGGCGAACUUGGACCGCGAAUGUCCUGGGUGAGGAGGUCGAGAUGGGUGGGACUUGGGUGCAUUGGGAGCAACCUCACCUGUAUACCGAGUUGCAUCGAUACGGGCUUCAUCGUCAUCUGAAGACUUCGGCGGGGACGCUUGCGCCGGAACGGCAGGCGUUCACCCCAUCUUCCGGGAAGGUUGAAGAGUUGUCGGGGUCUGAUGGGGCUGCGCUGGAAAAUGUUGCUCGACGGGUGUUUUCAAUUGAUGGGCUGGAUAGUAGGGCGCUCAUGCCGUAUCCGCAUGACCCCCUUCGGGAGCCUGCGCCCUGGAAGAGAUAUGACCAUCUCACUGUCAAGGAUCGGCUUGAUUCACUGACGGAUAUUCCGCAGCGGGCGAAAGACCUGUUCGAAUCGAAUGUGAAUACGUUCGGCAGUGCGCCCGGAAAAGAGACGGGCUUUGUGGAAGCACUUCGUUGGUAUGCGCUCGGCGGUCAUAGUAUGGCGCUAAUGUUCGAGAAGGCGGGAAUUUAUAAGUUGGGCAACGGGGGUAUGACAUCGUUUGCGAAGGCAAUCUUCGACGAGUAUUCUGGUGAUAGGCUGUUCGAGACAGCUGUCAAGAAGAUCAACCAACGGCGGGGCGGGGUUCAGGUCACAACGACUGCUGGGAGGACAUUUACAGCAAAGACUGUGGUCUCGACUCUUCCGCUGAACUGCCUCGGGGACAUCGAAUUCACCCCGCCCCUCUCGCCUCUCCGCCAAGCAGCUGUGGCAGACGGGCACAUCAACAAAGGGGCAAAGAUCCAUUUCAAACUCUCUGAAACACUUCCGGGGUGGUUCUGGACAUCCAACAAUUCGAAGUCCAGUUUCGUCUUUGCUUUCUCAGAUCACAAUGGCACGCAGCAAUCGGGUCCAUCCGGGACAUGGUGUAUCGGGUUCGGAUACAACGGGAAGCUCACUGAAAAGAAGGACUCCGAGCACAUCAUCAGCGAAAUGAAAAAGAACAUCAAUCCGGAUGUCAAUGUGGAAGCGUAUGCGACGCACGACUGGAUGAAUGACCCCUAUGCAAAGGGUGUCUGGGCAUGCUGGGGUCCGAGUAGUGCGAGCCGGUAUCUGCAGGAAUUGCAACAAAGCCAUGGGAGGAUUGUCUUUGCCAGUGCAGAUUGGGCGGAUGGAUGGAGGGGCUUCGUUGAUGGAGCCAUUGAGCAGGGCCAGGCUGCUGUUGGCAAGGCGCUGGAGAUACUGAAGGAUGGGAAAACCUCGGCGAAGCUGUAG